CAGAGCUCGGUACUCAACAGCUUGUUGUUCGUGUCUCGAGAGGAGAAGCGGCGAGAAGGUGAGUAUCAGAACCUUCUGCGAGCACCAGAACCAGCGCGAGGACCGGGCAGAACUCCCGGAGCACCGGGGCCACAGCGCCGCGUCACGUCCCCGGACCACCGGGAGGUUACCGGUCUGUUCCGGGUCUGUGGCCCCAGCAGCUGGUAGCUAGCAGCCGUUGAGUUUGUGGGGGAGAAGUUAGCAGCUAGCAGCGCUGUGAUGGCGACGUGACAGAGAGCGGAGCGGGAAGAGGAUCCCAGUCCGGGUCCCUGUGGCUCCUCUCAGUCCAGUUCCCUGUUCCCAGUCCGGGUCCAUGUUCCCAGUCCGGGUCCCUGUGGCUCCUCUCAGUCUGGGUCCCUGUGGCUCCUCUCAGUCUGGGUCCCUGUUCCCAGUCUGGGUCCCUGUGGCUCCUCAAACGUCUAGAACCAGAGAUCCAGAGAACCUUCUGAGCUGGACUCCCUCAAGUAGCCGGAGAGAUGAAGGCAGCAGACGAGCCCCCCUACCUGUCCGUGGGGACCGAUGUCAGUGCCAAAUACCGAGGAGCUUUCUGUGAGGCCAAGAUCAAGAAUGUGAAGCGCAUGGUGAAGGUGAAGGUGAACCUGAAGGGGGACAGCACGUCUCAGGUGGUGCAGGACGACCAGGUCAAAGGAGCUCUGAGGGUGGGCUCCACGGUGGAGGUGAAGACCAACGAGGGCUUGUCCAGCGAGGCCGUCAUCAGCAAGCUGACGGACGCCAGCCUCUACACUGUGGUGUUUGAUGAUGGAGAUGAGAAAACUCUUCGUCGGACGUCUUUGUGUCUGAAGGGAGAGAGACAUUUUGCAGAGAGUGAGACCUUGGACCAGCUGCCGCUCACCAACCCCGAACAUUUCGGCACGCCGGUCAUCAGCAAGAAAUCUAACCGCGGAGGAAGACGCUCGUCUCAGGCUGUGCCCGAUGAGGAGCACCAGUCGUCCUCCAGUGAGGACGAACAUGACGACCGGAGGAGACUCAACGACGAGCUGUUAGGGAAGAUCUGCAGCGUGGAGAGUGAAGAGGAGACGAGCCAGUGGUACCUGGGCCUGGUGGUGUCUCCCAGCUGUUCUGAUGAGUUGGUGGUGAAGAAGGAUCAAUGUCUGGUCCGCUCGCUGAGCGACUCCAAGUUCUACACGGUGGCGAGGAGGCACAUCCACACCUUCAGCUCCAUCAGCGCCACCAGGUCUGAGUUCUCUGGCAGGAGAGGUUUUGAAGCGGGCCAGGUGUUCCUGAAGACCCGGGAGGUCCCUGAUAUGUGGAAGAUGGACAUGAGUCAGAUCCUGGACUCGUCCUCCAGCGACGAUGAGGAAGAGGUAGAGAAGGAGAGCGAUGAAGACGAGAAGAAGAAGAAGAAGAAACGCAUGGAGGAGCCAGAGGAGGAGGAGCCUGAUCCAGAGGAGAGAGACAGCUUCCUGCAGCAGCUGUAUAAGUUCAUGGAGGACCGAGGGACUCCCAUCAACAAGCCUCCAGUGUUGGGCUACAAAGACCUGAACCUCUUCAAGCUCUUCAGACUGGUCUACCAGCUGGGAGGCUGCCACAAGAUUGAGUCUGGGACUGUAUGGAAGCAGGUCUACAUGGACUUGGGGAUCCCGAUCCUGAACUCUGCUGCGUCCUACAACGUCAAGACGGCCUACAGGAAGUACCUCUAUGGUUUUGAGGAGUACUGCCGCUCCGCCUCCAUCACCUUCAGGACCAUCCAUCACAACAACCCUCUUCCUCCCACCGCACCCACGAAUCAGAAGCAGACGGGGGCGGAGCUUAACAUGCCCUCCACGCCAGCAGAGGAGGAGGUGGAGCCUGCCAAAGAGAAGGUGGAGGAGGCGGAGUCAGAGAGUGAGGAGGAGGAGGUGGUGGUGAUGAAGGCCAGACAAUCAUCCUCGAGGGGGAGGAGGAGGUGUGUGGGAAGGCAGCUGAAGGCAGAGAGAGAGUCUCCCUUUGGACUUGAGAAGGGAGGAAGAGGAGGAGGAGAAGAUGAUAACAGUGAGAAGAGGGAGGUGAGGAGAAGCAGCAACCGAAGAAUGGACGACUCAGACAAAGGCUCUGAGGAUGAUGAGGACAACGACGAGGAGGAAGAAGAUGAAGAAGAUGAGGAGGAGGAGGAUGAAGAAGAGGAAGAGGAGGAAGAAGAAGAAGAGGAGGGUCUGGAGAGGAAGAGAGAUGGCUGUGAGGAGGAGGAGGAUGGCGACUCUGUGACGGGGACGAAGGUGCGGGUGAAGUACGGCAGAGGGAAGACUCAGAAGAUCUACGAGGCUCACAUCAAGAAGACGGACGUGGACAACGGAGAACAGUUCUACCUGGUCCACUACUACGGCUGGAACGUCAGGUACGACGAGUGGGUGAAGGCUGACCGGCUCAUCUGGCCCGUGGAGAAGGGAACCAAGAAGAGACGGAGGAAGAAGAACAAAGACGAGCCAGAGCGAGACGGUGACAGGCCGCCGUCAGCGGCGUCCAAGCCUCCGGGAGCGAAGCGAGGUCGUCCUCAGACCAGGACUCCGCCCACCGGCUCGGCGGGACGCAGCGUCUCCAUGACACCAAGCACCGAGGGGCGGAGCAACGGCAGGAGCAGCAAGACGGAGACGCCGUCCAACAUGGCCAACGGAGACAACACUCCCCGCAGGAGGACCAGGAGGAUGUCGGGUUUGUACGACUCCGACAGAGCGUCGAACGAGGAUUCUGGGAACUCGUCAGAGGACAGCGAAUCAGAAGACCCACCUGACAAAAAGCCGUCGCCUUGGCGAGGGAGGACUGAAGGCCCGCCCUCUCAGGAAGAGGAGGGGGAGACCAGUGAGGUCGCUCACGACAUCAUCACCGUUCCAGCUGCUCACCGGAUGCCUGUGGCCACAGUACUGCAAUGUCCCAGCAUGCCUCAGGAGAGGUGUGAGGGACCACUCCAAUCUGAGAGGGUGGAGACAAAGAAAGGGGAGGAGCCAACUGUAGAAGCAGCCAUGUUGCUGGUUCACCUGGAGAAAGAGAGGGCGUCUGUCCAAGAGACAGACAACUUGUUUCCUGGACAGGAGACGUCUCCGCCGGGCGCCACAGAGACGUCUCCGCCGGGCGCCACCGAGACGUCUCCGCCGGGCGCCACAGAGACGUCUCCGCCGGGCGCCACCGAGACGUCUCCGCCGGGCGCCACAGAGACGUCUCCGCCGGGCGCCACCGAGACGUCUCCGCCGGGCGCCACAGAGACGUCUCCGCCGGGCGCCACCGAGACGUCCGCGCCGCACGCCACCGGGACGCCAUUGCAGUGUCCCACCGGGAUGCCUCCUCAGGAGCAUGUGUCCUCUCCUCAACCCGCCUCUGCAGAGGAACAGGACUGCAGGUCCACGCCUCUGUCCUCCCCCAGGGUCAAAGGUCGCAGGACCCUCCUCAGGGAGACAGGCACUGAAACAACUCCCAGAAUCCUCCUCUUCACCACUAGCCCCGCCCACAUGGCGUCUCCUCCUAGCAGCAUCCUGAAGAGACAGGACGAGCCCAUGGUGGUUCUCCAUUGCCUCCCCACCCAGCGCCUCCCCCCUGAGUCUCUCACCGCAGACUCCGACACCGACUCCGCCACAGAGGAGGAGGAGGAGGAGGAGGAGAGGAGCAGCUCCACAUUGAAACGUAAAGCAACGGAGCACGGAGCGGCAGACAAGAAGCUCCGCCCUGAAAGGAGGCAGGAGGAGACCCCCUCCCCCAAAACACUCCUUGCCCAAUCCAAGAUGGCUUCCGGAGCUUCACCCAAAGGAUUUUCCUCCCCUCUAGGCAGGGCGGAUUCAGAGAGGAGGAGCAAGGGAGCGCUGAACGAUGAGGACCGCUCAGAGGAGGUGCAUGUUGGGACGCCUCCCCCCGCCCCGGAGGCCCCGGGCACCGAGGAGCUCGAGACGCAGAUCGGCCCUGAGGCGCUGGUCUGCCACGAGGUGGACUUGGACGACCCGGAUGAGAAGGAGAAGGCCAUGGCCCCGGAGCACCUCCUCCUGAUGAUGAUGGAGCAGCAACUCCUCCCGCUUCCCAACCUCCUCCACAGCCCCAAGCCCUCCUCCCUCCUGCCCCCGCCUCAGCUCAGGCCCUUCCUGCCGGCCACCACUCCCGGCUCCGCCUCCUGCCCCGAAGAGCUCCUCCCACCCAGGAGCGCCGGCGAGGAGGAGAGAGGAGCGGUGAGGGGAGAGCAGGAGGGAGACUCCAGCGCCUCCUCCAACUCCCUGCUGUCUCUGCAGGAGACCAAGGACAGAGGUCAGAAGCGGCUGUCGGCCGGUUCCUCCAGCCCGACGGCCAAGAAGCACAAACGCAGCCAGAAGAGACUCAGCACGCCUGGGAAGGAGGACAAGGACGGAGCAGGUCACAGCAGUGACAGUGAGGACCAGUCUCGUCCGUCUCGCUGUGCUUCGUCUCCUUCGUCUCCUCGUAAAGACAAACACAGCUUCUCCCCUCAGAGGACGUACAAGUGGACCUUCCAGCUCGACGAGCUGGACAGCAUGUCCAGCGCCGAGAGGAUCUCCUUCCUGCAGGAGAAGCUUCAGGACAUCAGGAAGUACUACAUGUCCCUGAAGUCUGAGGUGGCGUCCAUCGACCGACGGAGGAAGAGACUCAAGAAAAAGGAGAGAGAAGUGUCCAACACCACGGCGUCCACGUCAUCCGGCUCGUCGGACGCGGCCAUGAGUCCGUCCUCGCCCGCCCAGAACACCGUCGCUGUGGAGUGCAGGUGAUGACACGCUCAGCAAGCCCUGCCCACCAAGCCCCGCCCCUUUCCACCACAGCCUCCAGCAGGUCAGAGGGGCCCCGCCCUCCUGUUGAGCCACCGUAGGACACUUCCUGCAUCUUGAGCUGCUCCUAAUUUCUAAAUAAAGUUAGGUUUGGGGUCCGGUGCUUAAACUCAGAGCUUUUGUUUUGGUAAAUGAUGGAAAGUUUCUGUCAGUGGAGCAAAAAUUUCUUAUGUCAUCUGUUUUUGCUUCAAAUGGAAGAAAAGAAUCCAAUAGAAAUAAAGUGUUCAUUUAGUCUUUUCUAAUUUGCCUUCUGAUGUUCUGGUUAAAUCUUUAUAAGAUUUAAAUCAUUAGUCCCUCAUUAAAAUGGAUUGUUUAUAAAGUUUAACUUGUACUCCCGUGGUGCCUCAGGCGGCUGCUUCAGGGACCCCCGUGUUUUGUAAAUACCAGCUUGGAGUCCAGAAUGAAACCCGGCGGUGUGUUCGAGGACCGGUUUUAAAUCCUGUAAAGAAUUUCUAAUAUUUUUAAGAGCAGCCUGUUUGUACGUUGUAUAAUGAACUGUUUUGUAUGUGCUGUAAAUAAACACAACUCUCUGGUG